AUGGCUGUCUCGGCAAUGGCAGCCGCGACGCCUGAGGGAGCGGUGGGCGGUGAGCAGGCGACUGCAGCGCGCGACGGAGAGACGCCAGAGGAGGCGAUGGGAUGUUCGGGCGUGCUGUCGUCGUUCCUCAGUCCAGAGCUCGACGACAUGAAGGGCAUGGGGCUGGGGUUCUCGCUCACUCCCGUCGACAAGACCAGGCCCGCUCUCACCGAACCCGAACGCGCAGCAGCAGCAGCAGCAGCAGCCAUAGCCGCAGCGCCGGCGGCAGCCGAAGCAGCAGGCGAGGGUAUUGCUGCCGCGCCUGAGUAUCUCAUGUCGUCGUUUCUGACCCCUGGUGUGUUGGACCAGAGCGAUGGGGACCUUGACGGGCUGCUCGAGACGCCGGACGGGGCUAGCUCUGCUGGGGGGAUGUGGGCGGGCGGUGCUGCUAGGUUGGAUAGUGUGUUACUGGGCUCGGGGAAGGGUGUUGGUGCUGCCGGUUUCGCGGGUGAUGCGGGGAGUCCGCUGCAGCUGGUGGGUGAGGCGGUCGCGCUGGAUCCGCUUCCGCGCGUUCCGCUGGAUCCUCCACAGGAAUGCGCGCCGCUGCGUCUGGAGAGCGCGCUGAACGCCGCGCUGUUGCUGCCGGCGCCACUUACGGCGGACAAUCAGGCGGAUGAAGCGGUGGCCGUUGGGACGCUCUCCGGCGAUGGCGCAUUCGGCUCCCCGCAGCACAGCAUGGGGGGAGAGGGGGGUGGCGGCGAAGGGGCAGCGGACGGAGCAGGGGGGAGUUACUGUGGGGAAGAUCGCGCGCACGAGGUUGUGGGGAGGAAGGGGCGGCGGGAAAGCACUGGCACGAGUCCGGAGCCGGGUGCUGGGAGGGAGGGCGGAAAGGAGGGCGGCGGAGAGGAGGGGGACGCGGGGGAAGCGGGGGGCAGAGUCGAGGAGAUGGCGGGAGAGGAAGAGGCGGCAACUGAAUUUUCCACAAUCGGCCGAUUCCCCCACCUGAAUGCCCGCCCCGCUGUGACCGCGACCGUGGGCGGGAUGGCUGCUAUCGAGGCGGGGACGGGCGCGGAUGAGAUGGAGACUCCGCCAAGGCGGGUGGCGGAGAGCAGGAGCGGCGGAGGCGGUGCGCGCGAGGCGGAAGGCGAGUCGGCGAGGGACGGGGACUCGCCCAUCAUGGGUGUGGUCUCCGCCGGCAAGGACGGCGCGGGCGGCAGCGCCAGGCAGGGCGGGGUGGUUGCGCGGAUUGGGCGGGAUGUGGACGAUGGGGAGAAUGGGAAAGAUGCGGGGGAUGCGGAGGAGCGGAGUAUGGGGCUGGUGGGGUGGAGCGAGGGAGUGAGGCGGGCGUUCGAGGAUGUGGAGAUGGGGGAGGCGCUGGUGGGGGGGUUCGAUCUGGAGGUUUGGGGAGCGGAGAUGGCGGAAGGGAUGGGCGGAGGAGCGGAUAUAGCGCUGGCAGAUGGGGGGAGUGCGGAGCAGGCGCGCAUCCGCGGCGUCCGGUGGCUCGAGCAGUUUCUCUCCAAAGCUGGGAAGCGCAAGUCGGGGGUGCUGGAGCAGUCCCCCUGGACUCCGCGCACGCCCAGGGAGCGCGCGGGGGAAGCGAGCGCGGGAGAGCGCCUGUUCCGCCGCGUGUGCCUGCAGCCGCAGGAUGAGGCAGUGGAGAAGCUGUGCGCGGAGCAGAUGGCGCGGGUGGCGGAGGAACAGCAGCAGACAGACGCGCUCGAGGCCACCAUGGCUGCCAGCAGCACCGCUCUCGCCCAGCUCGCUGCUGUGAGUGCCCCACGCUCGUGCCCCCUCCCCUCCUCCCACCUCUCAUGUCUGUCCGUCGUUCCCUCUCUGUCUUUCCCACUGAUUUCCCCCACACACGCAUGCACACAGGUGCACACUGAAGAUUGCUUGCCUAUGAUUUUGCUGGAUUUUCACUCUGCCACUGCUCUCUUCUGCUCUUCCCUGAUCCUUCUGCUCUUUUGCGCUCUGUUCUACUCUUCCCCCACCGCUCAUUCUUCUGCUCUGAUGUGCGUGCUGCAGCAAGGCAACCCCGAGCAGCAGAAGGUGCUCAAGGAGCGGCUACUCGCCCUCAAGAGCCUCAUCAGGGUGGAAAAGAAGGUGGAGUGGCAGAGGGUGCGCGCGCAGCUGGAGGCGGAGAGGAGCCGCGCCCUGGACCACGCCGAGCGCAUGCUGCAGGUGGAGCAGCAGUGCGUGGCGGAGCGCAGGGCGGCGGAGGAGGCAGCAGCGAGGCGGGUGGGCGAGCUGCUGGCGGACGUGAGGGCCAGGAGGGCGGCAGCGGAGCGAGCGCUGAAGGAGAGGGAGGAGAAGGCAGCAGCGCAGCAGCAGAGCAGGCUCCAGAGUCUGAGACAGCAGAGGCAGCGGCUUCUGGAGGAGACGGACGCCAUGAAGAAGGAGCUGGCCGCCCGCCACCAGGCCCUGCAGGCCGGCUGCCAGGCCAAGGCGGAGGCCCAGACGCAGACAGGGACACAGACACAGACACAGGCACAGGCACAGAUGCAGCGACAGACAGUGGCGCAGCCUGCACCUGGGAUGACAGAAGCAGGAGGAGGCCUCAGGGCUGCAGGUGAUGCAGCAACGGCUGCUGCAGGGGAGACGGGGGUGGAAGGGGCUGAGGGAGGGAACGCGGGUGCUGUGUCGGACCCACUCAGAGCUGCCAAGAUAGCGGAGUUCCUGCAGGGGUGGAGGCUGCGUGAGUUCCAGCAGUCACGAGACGGCACACAGAUGGACCUCAUGCUCUCCGUGCUCCACUUUGUCACCCUCAGAGUGCACAUCGACCUGGCAACAUCCUCCUUCUCCCUCUCGCCAGCCAUCAACCACUCGGUGGUCGCCAAGCAAUUCCCGCUCUUUGAGGCCGUGCCUGCGAUGGAAGCGCUGGUGGUGGGACCCACAGGGGGGCCCUCUCAGCCGCGCUCCUCCCCCCUCACUUCCCUCGCGGCUGCUUAUCAGGGAGUGCUGCUACGAGCAGGGCGCACGCAUGCACUGGUGCAGGAGCUGUGGGAGCAGAGACAGUGUCUCAUGCGGGUCAUGCCAUGCCUCACCAUGCAGCCAUGCGGCACAGCAGGUGAUGUCAUGGUGCAAGCUUCGUUCGUGCACUUCGACCCCUUCACCAAAGUUGUGCUCAGCUGUCGCAUCCCCUACCAGAUAAG